UGUAGAGGCAAUAAUGAUGAGAUGAGAACGACGAGGACGACAACUUUGAUGAUGGUGCUAAUGAUGAAAAAGAAGCAACUCGGAAAUAAGAAAAUGAACCAGGAGCUAUGGAGGAGGAGGAGGAGGAGGAAGAGUCAUGAGGGGCAAACAGAAGUCGUCGCAGCAGCACAAGUCGUCCCGUCAGCGGCGAGCCAGUCAGUCGCUCCGAGACGCCCGGUUCAUCAGGUUGUGCGGGGCAGCGGCGAACAGAGGAGGGUCCAGCGUGCGCCUUGCGGGACUCCAGGCUCGGUCAAGGAACUCUGUCGCGGUGCCUUGGGUGUGCGCGCUGCCACCCUGCCACUCAUUCACCCUCCGCGCCGGCUUGAAGCUGGCUGACUAAACUGGCGUCGUUCCCUAGGCGGUGGGUGUUCUGCGGCCUAGCCCGUUUGCAUAAAUAACCAUAAACAAGCCGUAACUCAAGGGGCGAAGCGUGGUUAUUACUUCCUGUUUGGUUUCUAGAGAUGAUCCGGUCCUUUAACGGAGUGUAGCAUAGCUGGAAACUGUGUGUGAGUACGUGUGUGCGUGUGUGGGUGGCCCUCGCAGUCCCAGUCCCCUCGGGAAGGCCGCCACAUACGGUCCGCACCCUCACGCCGCGCACUCAGGCACCUAUAACCAAACAUUUAUCACUAACAUCCGCUGUGGAUCCUGGAAUCUCACUGCCACCCUUUACUCAAGAGAAUUUAUAACUAUUUUUGAGGCGAGCGGUUUAUUUCUGGAUGUAGCACAAAGCUGGGUGCAACUGAACACUGAAUCUAUACCCGGGCGUUCACGUAAUCGACCUCAAUUUUUGUGCGAGCGGGAGAAGAGGAGAGAAGAACAGCGCAGAGCAGAAGAAAGGAGACAGAGAGGAGCACAUCACCGGUUUGACCUUGAAUCGUGUCAUAGAAAAUAAGAGCCGCGAAAGCUCAUUUCCCACAGUGUUUUCUUAACCAAACUAUAUUGCAGUAACUUUUAAAAGAAACUAAAGGAAAAAAAAAGACUGAAACGAGGAAGAAAACCCCACUGUUCUCUUUCAUUAACUCGCGUCUCGUAAAUGUUUUAUAUCAAAGCGAUUAAGGCACAGCAAAACACUUAACAUAUAUGCAAGUUGACGGGAGACGAAAAGCGUCGCAGCGGCGGUCCCGCUAGGCGAGUGUUAUCCUGUGUUGGUUUUACUGCCGUCAGACGCGUUCCUGCCACAAUACACCUGCUGGCCUCACCGCUCCACCGACACCACCUGUUCACCGCCCGCCUCCGCCUGCUCUUCACCCACCUUCUCCUCCGCUCCGUCCUCAGUGUCCUUGUCCUCGCUCCUCGGGCCCUCCACGCGCGGCCUUCAGGAACGUGUCAGUGAACGUGUUGCGUGUGGAUGACUUGAAGCGUCAGCCUCUCAUGGGAACCUCCGAUAUGGGCGGCGUGAGGCUGUGGGGAAGUCUUUGCCUCUGUGCGCUGCUUUGUCUCCCCAUCACCACCGCCCUAAUGACUAAUCCUACGCACAGGUUGAAGAGAGGCGCAUCACCAAUACCAACCUCACUACCAUCAUCAUCAGCAAAACAUCAACACAAGGUGGGGACGGUGGUGGUGAGGGAAUCAGCCAGAAGUUCGCGGUUACCUUGGCAACAUAACCACCACCAGGGGCAAGAUGGCAACCCCUCCCGUCAAGUUGGGUCGUCCUCGCUCUUCCAGGAGGGCGACAAGACGUUCUCCUUCUACCUGUACGGCCGUAAUGGCGAGCUUGAGGAAAGGACUCUCUCUCUUCACCAGGUCCAGGCCAUGCUGCUGGAGUGCUCCCCGUUCCGCGCCCUGGCUGGGGGGAACAGGAGGGCAUCACAUGAACAAGACUUCGAGCUCUCCUCCUCGCACGCCCCGAUCUCCCGCCCCUCAAGCAACAUACAAGGAGUGGUGGCAACGGUACAGCAGAUGAUGGCACAACAAACCCAGCCCGCCGCCACCACCUCCUCCUCCCCCUCCUCCUUGAGCGGGGAGUCCCUGGAGAUCCCUGAGGACAUCCUACAAAACCUCCACAGCAUCCCCAUACACAUAGCGACCCAGUGGCAGUUCCUCUCCACCUUCCCCACGCCGCAGAGCACCACCACCACCACCGGCCUGCCCUCCACAACACCUCCGUCAACUACUAUUUCUGCUAAUACUUCGCCAGAGUCUGAGGUAACGGAGGUGAGUGACAGUGCCUCCGAGAUUACAGAAGUGCCUACAAGAGGUAACAACCGCCUCCCGACAUGGCCUCCAAAUCCGGAUGAGGCUACUGACGAAGGCGGUGAAGUAACGACUCAGAACCUGGAGCCCACGGAGGAUUACCACUCGAGCCCUGAGUCGCCGUCCGUCGAUACAGUGAUUCCCUUGGCCAACACUGCCACCGCUGAAGCUUCUGUGACCAGUGAGAGUGACGAGGAAGGUGCUGGGGACGAUGCCACGACUCCAAACGUCAUGAGCAGCGAGGAGGACGAGGAAAAGGACGAAGAAUUGGUUCCGGAGACGAAGGCGGACUCGCUGCUCUCCACGCUCACUGAUUUCUAUGCUCAGACCUUCAACAGCGCUGCUCUUCCCCCGCCUCCCAGCCCAGACACGGAGACCGAGGAGGAAGAGGACACGGAGGACGAUCACACCACACCACAACCUUUCCACUCCACCUUCAUUGACUUUGCGACGAGUGUACUCAGCGGCGACUCACCCUUCGCCUCAUUCCCUCCGACAGCCUCACCCACGGGGACAGACCCAUCAGACAUUCUCGAAACCUCACCUGCAACUCCUCCUCCAUCAGAUUCUUCCCUCUCCAUCUCUCCUGAUGAAUUCCCUGCUGACGACGGGGAUGAAAGACCGACCCCAAGCACACCCGUUCCAUCGUUCGAAUCCACGGUGGCCACAGUGACAGGCGGCAGCAUCGUCACUCUUCCUUACGAGACUGAAAACCUACUGACCAUCGACAUCGUGGAUCCUGUAGAAUCUGAGAACCCAUAUGACGUUAUGCCUCUCGACGGCCAAGGCGGCAAGUAUCCCCUACAAGCCUCGGGUUCAGGAGAGAAAGAAAACUGGGUGCAGAGUCAACAACAGCCCGGCGGCGAACCUCUAGAUCCGUACGCGAGCCCUGCACUAUUGCUUCAAGUCCUCCAGAGCCACAACCAAUUACUGAACACGACGGAGAAGCGGCCCGAAGGAGAAGGGGAAGGAGGGGAAGAUCCUACCUUGUCCCUCGAUGAAACACAGGACUCACAACACGCCGCUUCCUCCCUCUCCUCCUCCUCCUCCUCCUCCUCCUCCUCUUCCUCCUUGUCUCCCACGAAUCUUCCCCAAACAGACACUGAAGCCGGGGGCGACGAGCACUUGGAGGCGCCUCUCAAGCAGUCCGUUACACAAGGGAACACAGCAGGGGGUGGCGCAGGGCAAUUCGCAGACCCCAUCGGCGCCCAGCCUGCCUCCUACUCAGCGCCAUCAUCGGCAGCAGCACCGCUGUUAGUCGCUACACAAGACGAGCCGCCAACACAAGACCUGGCCAACUCCCCGCCCUUACCUGCCUCCGACGAGCUUUCUAGCACCGGCGGCGCCUCUAGUGUCCUGCCUGCCUCCCAGCUGGCACCAACGGGGCAGCAGGAGAGAAUUGACCUCGAGGCUCUUCAGGUCAACGGAAACCUGACGGAGGGCGACACCUUCUACGACUACUACGGCUCCAACGUCUACCUGGACAACGUGCCGGAGGAGUAUUACAACUAUUACGACCUGCCAUCAAAACAGCCCCAACUCAACACAACAGAACACCUCGGCUUUCCCGGACCCAACGCCACCAGCCCCUAUCACGACCACCACCACCACGACCAUCACCACCACGACCACCACGGGGACCACCACCACGGGGACCACCACCACGACCAUCACCACCACGGGCCGCCUCCAGACCCCCCCGCGACCCUUCUUCAGGCUCCCGAAGACAACCCGGGUUUAGAGGCGUCCGUGGAGAGUCUCAACCCGGAUAUAAGGAUGUUUGUGGACGUGAUGAAUGAUAUUACGUUUAGGGUAUACAAGCGCGCUGCAGCACAACACAAGCGUCAGAACUUCGUCAUGUCACCUCUGAGCCUCAUUUCAACGCUUGGGAUGCUGCUGCUGGGUGCUCGCGGGCCCUCUGCCGGCGUGCUGCGGGAGCUGAUGCAAAUGGACAAGUUCUACACGUUCAACCCCCACCUGGUGCUGAAGAACGUGACGGCGGCGAUGCAGAACCUAAAGGAUGUCCAUGAUGUUACGUUCUUCUGUCAGUUCCUGGUGGACAUGGGCAAGAACCCGUAUUCCAUGGAGUUCUUCUCAAAAGCCAUCAAGGUCUUCUACGACGCCGAGAUCGAGGCCAUGGCGCCCGACAAGUUCGAGUCGUUCAUGAGCGACAAGAUCAACGAGAUGGUCAGUCAGAACACGAAGAACUCGACCCAGCACUUCCUGAACAAAGAGGAGCCGCUCUUCCUCACGCCGCCACUCUCCACUGUGGCAACCAGCUUCCUGCACGCCCGCUGGAGUCUACCCGUGACGCAGGAGGACUUGGUGGACAUGAACUUCAUCCGCUUCCCGACGGCGGAGAGGCGGCUCAUCCAGACCACGGGAAUGCGCAAGAAGGUGACAGUGAACGCAGGCUUCUCCAGGGCGGCCGAGGCGACGUCUGCUGAGGUGCCGCUGUACUCGGGGUCGGGCCUCCUCUCCCUCGUCCUGGUGAUGCCCGGGGAGCAAAAGAACUUCGUGGCCAAUGGACUGACCAGGCUGGAGGCGUCCCUGAACUCGGCCAAGUGGAGUCAGCUGCUUCGCUCAAUGCUGCCCAACACCGUCAACCUCAAGAUGCCGCUCUUCAGGCACCGCGCCUUCCAUAACUUCUCCGGCAUCCUCAGCGACAUAGGCCUCGAGCAGCUCUUCCAGAAGAACGAGGCGGACUUCUCAGGGAUCAACCACAUCAAGAACCUUCACCUGAGCGACGUGGUGCAGCUGACGGAGUUCCAGUCGUGCCAGAUCGAAGACUUGCGCUCGGCUUCAGCUAAAGCAGUGAACGGGCUACGAAAGAGACGAAGACGACGCUCUCCACAUAUCGACAACGCAGCAAACAGUAAAGUUGCUGCCCACGCCCUCCACCCCCCUACCUACAUCUACGGCUUUCCAAUGAGGGAGUACCGAAGGGAAAGGAUCACGCGCAUGGAGUCAGGGCAGAGGCGCGGUGCUGGCGUAGGAGUAAGAGGAAGUGGUGGUGGUGAUAAGGAUAUAUUAAAGAGGAAGAAAACGUCGACGCAGCCAGCUAUGAGUACGAGGAAUAUUGACGGUGGGAUUCAUGAGGCGGAAACCCACGAGUCAGCGGCCCUCAGAUCCUCCACGGACGAGUUAUUAAGGCCAGAAGGGUCAUCACCACAAGAGGCCGCCACCUCCCGCCUGGCCAAGCCUACCACCGACGCCCUCCCCCACGCCGCGGCUCUCUCCAUGGACGGCGAUAUGAAGACACGAAACGAAGACAACGGAGAAGACAAUGAAGGCGAGAACAGUGAGGAAGAGAUGGAGGAGGGGGAGAAUGUGAAGGGAGCGGUAGGGGAGGAGGGCGAGGACGAGGACUACUACUAUUACAACAGCUACAACGACUACAACGACGACUACAACUAUGACUAUCGGGAAGGCAUGUACGACUAUGAUUCUGAAGGACACGAAGAAUAUGUAGCAGGAGGGAGCUCUGCGACAUUCACUCUUAACGAUGAGGAGGAGGAGGAGGCUGGGGAGGGACUAGAGUGGGAGGAGGAGGCUGGGGAGGGACUCGAGUGGGAGGACGAGGACCGGGUGGACAGAAUGGGGGCGGCGGCGGAGGGUCCAGGGGCACACUACCGCCAAAGUGAUGUGGGGACGCUGGCCUUCGAUCGUGCCUUCCUCUACGCCGUCAGACACAACCCAACGGGCCUCCUGCUCUACCUGGGACGCUACCUCAACCCGCAGGUAAACUAGAGGGAAAAACACGCACAAACACACAAACACACAAACAUACCCAACAACCAUGUACUUUCACCAACAUUCCUUAUCAACCUCAGAGUCUUAAAAUGUUCUUGACCUGCUGAAGGAGAGCAAGAAACGAGUCCAUGACACCAUAACAGUACUUUAUCAUAUACUUUUUCUACCUUACCCUUCUUCCUUUAAAUACAUUUUCAGUGAAUCUUCGUCCUCCGCUACAUCGGCUCGCAGGCAAAUUAGAAUAAAAAACACCUAAUCUUCACAGCCUAGAAGCAUUAUAAUUUUACUUCGCCUAAUUACCUACUGCGAACCCUUGGAAUAUAUAGGCGACACUUCCACGCUAUGAAAAUUUAAGCAACUAAAAGCCCGUCAUUAACGUCCCAAGCGCUUCAUUACUCAUUUCUUUUCAGCGGAUCCUUGCUAAUUUACCUCCCAGGGACGAAAACAUUAACCUUUACUUUAGUCCCCCUCCUAAAAAGAGUUCAUGCUCUACACGCUCCGAAACUCGCCCAUUUGUAAACCUUAGAACCGCAUCUUUACCCGUCCGCAGAACCACAAUCGUUACCCUCUACAACCCUUUCCAAGAACCUCUUUCCUCGACUCCCACCGCACAAAACGCCAAAGCAAAGGGAUUAUAAGGUCAUGUUUCCAUUCUCAAAGGUUAUUCGUCUUUUCUUCUCCUCCUCCUCCUCCUCCUUUAUCCUCUUAUCCUUCUCCUGCUUUUCCUCCUAAUCCUCUUUCACGUCCUCCUGCUCUUUCUCCACUUUAUCCUCCUUAAAAAUUCUUCCCUACUCACGUUUAAGAUGUUGACGCUCUUAGCCCCGAGCUGCACAAACAAAAGAGAGAGAGAGAGAGAGAGAGAGAGAGAGAGAGAGAGAGAGAGAGAGAGAGAGAGAGAGAGAGAGAGAGAGAGAGAGAGAGAGAGAGAGAGAGAGAGAGAGAGAGAGAGAGAGAGAGAGAGAGAGAGAGAGAGAGAGAGAGAGAGAGAGAGAGAGAGAGAGAGAGAGUGUGUGUGUGUGUGUGUGUGUGUGUGUGUGUGUGUGUGUGUGUGUGUGUGUGUGUUUCAGGGAAGACAAAAUUUGCUUCUCCAGUGUUCUCAUUUACUUCAAUGUGUCUCAUCUUCUUUUUUUCCUUCUCCUCCUCCUCCUCCUCCUACACCUUUCCCUCCUUUUCCUAAUUCUCCUCUUCCCUCUCCCCAAGCCCUCUCGAGUGUUUUGUCACAAGGGAAUUUAAAGUUUCUUCCACUUAAGUGCGGAAGAGUGAGCGAGCGAGUGACCCAGAACCGAAGUAAGAGGCGAGGACCAACAAACAACCCACGUCAAACUCACCCACUUUUCAUAUCAUUCAACCCACCCGCGCACCCACACACUAUGCCCACUUACAGACUAAACCCGCCCAUCCACGAAGCCCACGCAUCCACUUAAACCCCUUAAUUGCUCUCUUGCUCCACCCUCUUAUAUUCCUGCCCCCGAUCCCGUGACCAACCUACAUAAUUCUCCCAGUAACCCUCUUUCCUUCCUCUCGUCCUCGUCGGGGCACAACAAAGGAGAUACAAUAAAAGUAAUACGUUGUGAAUUGUUGUGUGUUUUAAGAUACUUAUUACCUCUACUCGUCUGUCCUUCCAUUUCUAUAAUAUUCUACAUUCUCUCGUCCUCUUUUCUCCUUCUGUCUCAUCGGUUUCACUUUCAUUUUCUCUUUCUCGGCGUCCCAGGUGUGCGGGGGCUGCUGAUCAGGUACUCUUCGCUCCGGACUCCUCCCUUUCUGCCUGUUUCGUCUCUUAUAAUAAUAGCAAUAAUAAAAAAGGGUAUUUAGAGGGCCAGGCAGCCUUAGUGUUAGUGCUAGGCUGAAGGUUAUGCAUCAUGGUUGUACGUUAGUUAAGGAUAUGAGCUAUUUAUUGAUUCUUCUAUUAUUUAUUAUUACUGCCAUUCUUUAUUAGCGGUGGAGCUGUUCCCUUUGCAUAUACCUAUUUAUUUACAUUUUAAAACGCUAGUGUCUGUGUUACGUCUAUGGCUUUGUUCUUAUUGUUAUGUUGCUGAUUUUCACGUUUCUUUGUUGUCUUGUUUAUUGCUCUGUUUGAGUUUGCACAAUUGUUGCUACGUUAUUAUCAUCCGUUGUUAUAUUAUCUAUUUUUCUUGCGUUAUACGUUAUUUUAUUACCUAUUACACUAUUUUACGUAUAUGUUUAAGUAUUACAUUUAAUUCAUUACUUUUCUAGUUGCUGUAUUAUCCAAGUAUUAUGUAUCUGUAGGUACAAGAUGUAUGUAAUGACGAACCAUGUUUUGCUAUUUUAUCCAAUCACUGUUUAUAUUGUUGUAUUGCCGAAUGUUAUUGUUUUUUGUUUCGUUAUAUUUACUUCCUACGUAUUGUUACCGAUACGUGUCACGGUAAUGUUACCUAUUUAUACAGUAAUCAUUUAUUCCCAGACUGAUUGCUUUGCAGUUUUUCCAUGUGCGUCGUACCUUUGUCGGCUAUUUAUUCAUUCCUUCACCUCAUUGUUCUCGUGUAAGUCCAUGAUAUGUUGUAGUUUUACCUGUACCUGACGUGACUGUUGAAAGCUUACACACACACCUGUAUGAAGCCUCUAAAGGUAUAUAAGUUUGGGGCAAGGAGGGGUGAGGGGUGUGAGGGCAGGUGUUGAGGUAGCCACACCCUUAGGCCACUGUCCCUUACCCUCCACCACUUACCUUCCACCCUUAUCCUCUAUCCUUAUCAAUUUAUCACCUCUCCCCGCCCCCUCCUCUUUACCCUCAAGAGAGCACACGCGCCAACACUGUCCAAUAAAAAAAAUAAAAUUAUCCGUACAUUCA